GUCGGGAGCGCCGAUGGGGGAGCGGCGGCGCCGGGAAGAAGGCAGUCAGGGUGGGCGUUACGAGUGCUAAACCCAAAUACGCGGCUUGUACGCGUAUAGCUACGAACCGACAUACCGCUACGUACGCUCUACGCUACCGUAUACGCGAAUAAAAGGGAGGAGGCGGGCCCGAGGCGCAGUCACAUCAAACUCUCGGGCGGUUGGAGUCGGCGCUUCAGACUGCAACUUAACGGUUCGCACUCUCUUCCUCUCUUUCUUUGAUUUCGAUUCCGUCUUCUUCCGUUUGUUUUUCCGUUCGCUUUCUGUUUCCGUUUCCGUCCGUCGAAUAGCCUGUUGUACGUUCCCGUUUGCGUGCGCGUGGUUCGGCAACCAUGGCCGCCGCCUGCACGGCCGCCACAGCGGCUGCUCCGCCGCUGCUCCUGACCCCGCGACGACUGAACGCGAUCGAGCGGCAGACCUGGGGCAGAAAGAAGCCCGACCGCGCGUCGUCAAGCGAGAGCUGGACGAGAGACAAGCUCCUCGCCCGCGCCUCGUCCAGCAUUCCCGGCCGCGCGUCCUUGAGCGAGAACUGGACAAAGGACAAGGUCGAGCGCGCCGGGCGCUCGCCGUCGAGGGAGACCACUCGGAUCGGGUGCAAGAGGUCCCCGAGCCGAGCACCCUCCGCUGACCGGACCGAGAAGAAGGCGAGGCCCAAGGACAAUGGCGCGGACUCGGCGGCGUACUACUACGCAGGCCCGGCGUUCAUCAAGUCCCCGGACCCGAGCGAGUUGCCGGUUCCUGCGUUCAUCAAGUCGCCGGACCCCAGCGAGGUUCCUGUGCCGAGGUUCUUGAAGGCAGCUGACAACAACUGAAGAGCAAUCAUGCAUGUUAAGAUAGCCUAGCUGAAUUAGCCUAUCGCUCAUUGUAAUACCCGAAGCUGUGUAACGAAACGAAUAAAGGAAUAAACGAUGGAUUAAAGCCUGAGCUGAGCUCAUUCCUUUCUGUUAAAGAACUAGCUAGUGUGACCGAACGAUCCAAUUAAACGCCAUAAGCGCGCGAGGUCGCUGUCAAGUGCGUAGACCGUCUCUGCCUCGCGCCAAGCCCAGACGCCGGAGCACGCGGCGCAUCAGA